AUGCCAAAAAUACAGAUAAAGCUCAAGGGCCGGACCACGGCCGAAACGCUACAGACAAACAAGAAUGUGAAGCAACCACAAGAAGAUGACAAGUCACAAGGUUUUGAUAGAGCUACUAAAUCAAAUGAACAUUCUCAAGCGUCCCCGGUAAAGAAAAUGGAAAAGGAUUUGAUAAAAGACAGUCUGGAAGAAGAAACUCGUGGGCGCCAGCUUUCUGAUAGCGAAGAAGAGCCACUUGUUGAAAGUGAACCAGGCAUAUCGUCAAUGAUUGGAUUCAAUGAUUUCGGGUCGACCAAAAACAAGAAAGUCAAUGGUAAUGCCGCAUUUGGUGCAAAAAAAAUACCUAGAACUGAAUAUCGCCAGUACAUGAAUCGUGAAAAAGGCUUCAACCGCCCACUUUCACCACCUCGGAAGAAGAAGAAAUAA